GAAACGAGAGCACGAGAAAAAAAUCCGCGGUUUCGAGAACAAAAAAGUCAGGAAUAAUAGAAACAGGAAAUCCCCACCAAGCAGAUAAGAGAAGAGCGUAUACCUCAGCCGGACAUGAAACAUGUCAUGCGAACUGGCAGCCGUUAUCGAUUAUUGAUAUCAAUUGGAACAAAAGACAUAACUACUGCGUACAUGUAGGCGGCAAAACUAUCAUGGAUCCCAUAGGGCUCACACCGCAUCACAUCCCCUCAUUCCUACGGAGCAAUAUUUGUUGCCUGGGUCUGCUGGUGGAUAACUAGCUGGUGCCUUCUCCGUGGUACGUCCCGCUCCCGGCCGUCGAGUUCCACGAAGCACUCCUGAGCAACCGCCCAAUAACCAGGAACAAAGCAGCCGAAGUAAGUUCAACUCCAACCAGCAACCCGCGACUCCGCGAGGCAGACCCGAUCCAAGGCCCCAUAACUUAUAAGGUUCCACAAGAGUGUUUGUUGUGUCCUGGGCUCCUCCCUGAAGACAAGCAAGGAAAAGGCAGAGAACUCCAGGAGCAUCAGUUUGCAAAGAAAAUCGGUUGGAAAUAAGGUUAGGAUGGUCUCUGGGAUGAGUCUCGGCCCUGCGCAAUUCGUCGUUAUCACCCUGCCUAGUCCAGCUUGUGGGAUGUUAGCGGGCUUAGUUGGGUGUUAAUUUUGCAGGAGUCGAACUUUCGCGGCUCGUGGAGUCGUUGGUCGUAGUCGUUGGCCGCUAUCCUCAUCCGUUCCCGAUCGGAGAGGCGCUUGUAUAUCUCCCUAUCCCAUCCUAUACUAAAAAAGGGUGCACAGCGAGAGUGGGAAUAAUGGGCGGAUGGAUGGGAAAAGGGGGUCAAGCAAGCCGCUAUUAUUAUUAUUCCCCUCUUCCCCUUGCUUGGCCCUGUGUCCUCCCAGAGUCAAAUUUCCUCCUGGAUUUCCAGAAUAAAACCCGGCGUGGGCCCUCAACCCGGCCGGCUUCGAUCUCCCUCUCUUCCUCCUCUCCUUUCUCUCUCUGUUAUCCUGUCUGUCCUACCAAAUCCCUCUCUCAUUCUUCGUCGCUCAUUUUCGGUCGUUGUUUUCCUCACGGAUUCAACCCCAGCCAUUCUUUAUUGUUUUUAAUUUAUAUUCAUUACUUUUUAUUAUUUUUUAUAUUUUUUUUUUUCGGAAUCGAGAAUUGGUUUGAUUUGACCUGGUUUCUUUCAUUUUCGAACAGAUCUACAAUAUCAAAAGGUAGAAAAAAGUGUAUAAAACUUAUACAAACACUCCGCAUCACGUUUCCUUGAAACAACUGGAACAGGAACCGCACAUAUUUAUAAAUAAAUUAUGCGCACCACGUUCGCCGUCGGAGCCGUGCUGGCUGCCACUGUUUCCACCGUCUCUGCCAACGCAUGUGCCCCCGGCACCGCCCACGUGCUAGGUGGGAACUGGUACUGUUCUGCUGUCAAGGCCAUCACCUAUACCAACUUCGGCUCCUCGGGCACCUACAAUGAGGUCGUCAGCAUGGAUGGUGGCGCUUGCUCAUCCAGGCCAAAGGGGUAUAGCGGAUCACUCGCGCCAUUGAAUGAGGAGGUCUCCUGGCACUUCCGUGGCCCAGUCAGCCUAAAGCAAUUUGCUUUCUAUAGCCCCGGUUCCGGUGCACCACCAGAGGGCCGCUACAAGCGUGAAAUGAAACCCAGCAUCCACGAGCGACGCCACCAGGGCCACCAGCACCUGCACAAGCGGGCCAACGAGAAGCGUGCCGUUGGUGACAUGGUCACUGCCACCAUCAACGGCCAAGUAGUCUCCUGGGUCAACCAGUAUGCUGGUGGGGCCGCCCCUGCUGCCCCGACUCAGGCUCCCGCUUCACCACCAGCUGGAGGAAAUAAAUACCCGACCAAGAAGCCCGCCCCGGCCAUCAACCCGGGUGCUGGUAACUGGGGACGCCAGGGUUAUUACAAUGCUGAAGUUGGUGUCGCCGAUGGACUUACGUUCUUGAACCAUCGUGGAGGUGACGGAUCUGGUGUUUUUGAUUACGAUCUUGGGAACUCUCUCUCUUAUGCCUCCGAGGACGGCUGCACGGGUUCCGACAGCCCUAAGGUCCUUAGCAACAAGAUGAUCCCAGACAACGAGGAAAUCGUCAUCAUGACGGACAAGCCGUGCAAUGGUGACUGCGGCACCGUCCGUCCCGGCACUGUUGCCUAUCAUGGCUUCGACGGCGACAACAAAAUCUUCCUUGCCGAAUUCGACAUGCCCGUCACCGGCAAAACCGGCUGGAACGAAGACAUGCCCGCCGCCUGGAUCCUGAACGCCGCUAUCCCCCGUACCCUCCAAUACGGCAAAGCCGAGUGCUCUUGCUGGAAAACUGGCUGCGGCGAGUUCGACGUCUUCGAGAUUCUCGACGCGGGUAACAUGCGCGCCAAGUCGACCCUGCACGGCAACAUCUCCGGCGGCGACAGCCAUUUCUUCGAGAGACCCUCUGGGAAGACCGUGAAGCUUGCUGUUGUGUUUAAUGCUGCGGGUAGCUCGGUGCAUAUUAAGAUUCUGGAUGAUUCCUUUGAGUUUAAGCCGACGCUUGAUGGGAAGGAGGUUGAGGCUAUGUUGCAGGAGGAGGUGGCGGCUGCGUCGACGUUUGUGUUGUCGUAGAUUUCUCUCUGCCUCUUUUUUUUAAACUAAUAUAUUACUUUUGGGUUUGGACAUAGUGUUUUUCUCCGCUUCAUUAAUUUUUUUCCCCUCUUUUUCUCUUUUUUCUAUCUCUCCCUUUUUUUGGUUCUCCUGGAAAAGGAGGUGUGUUUAUUCAUGUUUUGGGUAUAUGCAGCCUUGCGGGAGGUCAGCGCGCGAGCUCCCGUCACCCAAGAAAUAAAGCUGUGAGAAAUUAGGAAACGAUUGAUUGCUGGAUACCCCGUCAAACAUCCGUUGGAAAAACAUUGACCUGCAUGUCUUUGGAUCGGAAAAAAGUGACGCUCAACCACAUGGGCAGGGAUUUUGAAUAGAGCCUAGUUCAUUGUCAAUGUUGGUCUCUCGUCCGUUAUCCCUGUAUCUCCUCUAUCCAUCCACCCUCUCAACUUCAACUGCUCUCAAACAGGACACCAUUUUAGCAACCUUCCUCCUACAUGUAAACCAAGCGCUGGAUAUUUCGCCCAUCUUUCCAUCCCGCCCACAUACAUACAUGUGCAAAGAAGUCGAAAAAUGAAUGGAAAAGAAGGAAGAAAAGGAUGAAGGGAAGAAACACGUACGAAAUAGCGAGAGAAGACCCGCUGUUCCGACCCAGAUCUGAUAUGUCUGUAUACUUUUUUUUUUUCUUCUUCCUCUCUUCAAAUGCGUUAGCCGCCCCACCUUUUAUGCUAUAUUCAAAAUCUCUCCGAUAUUUCUGCUCCUUAUUUCUUGGUCAUAAUAGCCACUAGUGUAUAUACAUUCACGAUACAUGGGAAUAUUUUUUCUUCUUCAGAGGUCCUCACUGGUCUUGAACAGUGGAAUGGGUUGGGUUGGUAAUAUGGUCCUCACAUCGUUCAUUGGUUCAGGGUUGCUGCGAGAUAGAUAGAGUGAGGGGCACUUAGAAAUGUGUAUAACCCCAAGUAUUCAGACAAUAAAAGAUAGUGCUCCGCA